CCCUUUCAAUAUCUCCUCUUUUAUUUCUCUCUCCUCAAUACACAGAGAAGACUCUCUACUGGGUAAGAGAGAGGAAAAACAGCGCCUCCAUCGAUAUUUCAAAUAUCCAUCCAUCUUCUCAUUAAUCAGAAAAAGGAAAAACCCUAAUUUGUUUCAAUGGAUUCUUCUCAGCUUCAGCAAGCGCAGAUUGCUGCAAUCUUAGGUCCUGAUUCAACUCACUUUGAAACCCUAGUUUCUCAUCUUAUGGCAACAGGAAAUCAACAAAGAUCAGAAGCUGAAUCUCUAUUCAAUAUCUGCAAACAAGACCAUCCAGAUGCUUUAUCUCUUAAACUUGCUCAUCUACUUCAAUAUUCUCCACAUGUCGAAGCUAGAGCUAUGGCCGCAAUUCUUCUUAGGAAACAACUUACUCGGGAUGAUUCUUACUUAUGGCCUCGUCUUUCACAACAAACACAAUCAGCUCUUAAAUCUCAACUUCUAAUGUGUGUUCAAAAUGAAGAAGCAAAACAAAUCUCGAAGAAGUUAUGCGAUACGGUUUCUGAGCUUGCUGCUGGUAUUUUGCCUGAAAAUCAAUGGCCAGAAUUACUUCCUUUUAUGUUUCAAUGCGUUACUUCUGAUAUUCCACGUCUUCAAGAGUCUUCAUUAUUGAUGUUUGCUCAGUUGUCACAGCACAUUGGAGAUACCCUUAUUCCACACAUUGAUACUCUUCAUAGAGUGUUUUUACAGUGUUUGGCUUCUUCUUCUAAUCCGGAUGUUCGAAUUGCUGCUCUUGGAGCUUCCAUUAAUUUUGUGCAGUGUUUGACGAGUCUCUCUGAUAGGGAUAAGUUUCAAGAUCUUUUGCCAGUGAUGAUGAAGACAUUGACCGAGGCGUUGAAUUCUGGUCAAGAGGCGACUGCCCAAGAAGCACUGGAGUUGUUGAUUGAGCUGGCUGGAACAGAGCCAAAGUUCCUAAGGCGGCAACUAGUGGAUGUUGUGGGAUCUAUGCUGCAGAUUGCUGAGGCAGAAUCAUUGGAGGAGGGCACUAGGCAUCUUGCAAUUGAGUUUGUGAUUACUCUUGCCGAGGCGAGGGAAAGGGCUCCCGGUAUGAUGAGGAAAUUGCCGCAGUUUAUUAGUAGAUUGUUUGCGAUUCUGAUGAAGAUGUUGCUUGAUAUUGAGGAUGAUCCCGUGUGGCAUAAGGCUGAUACUGAAGAAGAGGAGGAUGCUGGUGAGACUAGCAAUUACAGCGUAGGACAAGAGUGUCUAGACAGACUUUCCAUUGCUUUGGGUGGGAAUACAAUUGUUCCUGUUGCUUCCGAGCUUUUGCCAGUAUUUUUAGCUGCACCAGAGUGGCAAAAACACCAUGCUGCCCUUAUUGCCCUUGCUCAAAUUGCAGAAGGCUGCUCAAAGGUAAUGACGAAAAAUUUGGAGCAAGUGGUCAACAUGGUUUUGAACUCAUUUCAUGAUCCUCAUCCUCGUGCUAGAUGGGCAGCUAUUAAUGCGAUUGGGCAGUUAUCUACGGAUUUGGGUCCUGAUUUGCAAUUACAGUACCAUCAAAGGGUGCUACCAGCACUUGCAUCAGCCAUGGAUGAUUUUCAGAAUCCUCGAGUUCAGGCGCAUGCUGCUUCAGCGGUCCUGAACUUCAGCGAGAAUUGCACCCCAGAUAUUUUAACACCUUAUUUAGAUGGAAUAGUGAGCAAACUGCUUGUCCUCUUACAGAAUGGAAAGCAAAUGGUGCAGGAGGGAGCUUUGACAGCUCUAGCAUCAGUAGCUGAUUCAUCACAGGAGCAAUUUCAAAAAUAUUAUGAUGCUGUCAUGCCUUAUCUCAAAGCUAUCUUGUUGAAUGCCACUGACAAGUCUAAUCGUAUGCUCCGUGCCAAAUCUAUGGAGUGCAUUAGUUUGGUUGGAAUGGCUGUUGGGAAGGACAAGUUUAGAGAUGAUGCUAAGCAGGUUAUGGAAGUUCUCAUGACACUGCAAGGAGCAGAGUUGGACACAGAUGAUCCCACAAUUAGUUACAUGCUGCAAGCGUGGGCGAGACUCUGCAAGUGCUUAGGACAAGAUUUUCUCCCUUACAUGAGUGUUGUCAUGCCCCCAUUGCUUCACUCUGCUCAACUUAAACCUGAUGUAACCAUUACCUCUGCAGACUCGGAUGAUGAUAUAGAUCAAUCAGACGAUGAAAGUAUCGAAACAAUUACCCUUGGAGAUAAGAGGAUUGGAAUUAAGACUAGUGUGUUGGAAGAAAAAGCUACCGCGUGCAACAUGUUAUGCUGCUAUGCAGAUGAGUUGAAAGAGGGGUUCUACCCAUGGAUUGAUCAGGUUGCUCCUAUUUUAGUUCCACUUUUGAAAUUUUAUUUUCAUGAAGAAGUUAGGAAGGCUGCAGUUUCAGCUAUGCCUGAGCUUCUACGCUCAGCCAAAUUAGCUGUGGAGAAGGGGCAAGCUCAAGGUCGUAAUGAGACCUAUGUUAAGCAGUUAUCUGAUUAUAUUGUACCAGCCUUGGUGGAAGCUCUUCACAAGGAGCCCGAAACAGAAAUUUGUGCAAGCAUGUUGGAUGCGUUAAAUGAAUGUGUACAGGUUUCUGGAACACUCCUUGAUGAGAGUCAAGUAAGAUCCAUUGUGGAUGGAAUAAAGGAGGUAAUUACCGCUAGCUCAACAAGAAGACGAGAAAGGGCAGAGAGGACCCAAGCAGAGGAUUUCGAUGCAGAGGAAGGGGAACUGCUCAAAGAAGAAAAUGAGCAAGAAGAAGAAGUGUUUGAUCAAGUUGGUGAUUUGUUGGGAACUUUGAUCAAAACAUUUAAAGUCUCUUUUCUGCCCUUCUUUGAUGAACUUUCAUCAUAUCUAACACCUAUGUGGGGUAAGGAUAAAACAGCUGAAGAGAGAAGGGUUGCUAUCUGCAUUUUUGAUGAUGUUGCUGAGCAGUGUCAUGAAGCUGCUCUCAAAUAUUACGAUACUUAUCUUCCGUUCCUAUUGGAGGCUUGCAACGAUGAGAAUUCAGAUGUUCGCCAGGCUGCUGUAUAUGGAGUUGGUGUUUGCGCAGAGUUUGGUGGAGCACCGUUCAAACCUCUAGUAGGAGAGGCCCUUUCCAGGCUAAAUGUUGUGAUUAGGCAUCCAAAUGCACUAUCUACAGACAAUGUUAUGGCGUAUGACAAUGCUGUUUCAGCUGUUGGGAAAAUAUGCCGGUACCAUCGUGACAGCAUUGAUUCAUCUCAGGUUGUCCCUGCCUGGUUAAGUUGCUUGCCAAUCAAGGGUGAUUUAAUUGAGGCCAAACUUGUUCAUGACCAGCUUUGUUCAAUGGUCGAGGGGUCGGAUAGAGACCUUCUGGGCCCUAAUAACCAGUAUCUUCCUAAAAUUGUUUCGGUCUUUGUGGAGGUUCUAUGUGCGGGUAAGGAUUUGGCAACAGAUCAAACUUCCAGCCGUAUGAUAGUUUUACUGAGGCAACUUCAACAAACGUUACCACCUGACACUCUGGCACAAGCCUGGUCAUCCUUGCAGCCGCAACAACAGCUUGCAUUGCAAUCGAUGCUCUCAUCGUAGUUCCUUGCUAGGGUCGGUCACAGAGAAAUGCUGAUUGGUUCGUUUGUGUCUAUUACCCAUUCUUUUUUGCCUAUUGUAUCCUAUUUCCAUCGGUUUUCUAUUUUUCUGGCAAUUGCUGUCCUGUUUGGUUGAGGUUCCUUUGUGCGGGUGAAACGAUACAAGUUUUCUUGUAUUGUGUAUAUUUCUGAGAGAUUUCUUGAUUUUGGUGUGGCUACGUGCCAACUUAAGUAUGUGCACUAAAACAGUCAAGCACCUGAUGGUGGUGGUAUUUUUGCUUCUUCAACAGCGCUUUCACUAUUGUAUUUCAGUUUUCACAUAUCCUAUUAUCACCAUAUAUACAGACAUUAAAAGUGAAAUGAGUUAUGACAGUGCAAUUGGACACA